GAAAUUAUAAACCGGUUAUGUUGUCCAUUUCAAGACUUGGUGUCAUUUUGAUCGUAUAUUUGGGAUUAGUGUCAGUAAAUUUAUUCCCAACCAAUACAGAUCUUACUUUACGUUAUCGAUCUAAGCGGUGGGCAUACUAUGAAGUACAUAAAUGUGGUCGAAUAAAAGGCUACAGUUGUCUAGAGCAUCGUCAUUGUUAUGAACGUUAUCUACGCCGUGAUAUGGUUUGUUUCGAAGUUUAUCCAUGCUUGAGUUCAUGUAUAUUUAUUGCUCAGCUAUAUGAUUAUGAGAAACUGACAAAACAAAUUGAACGAUUAAUGCUGAAUGGAGAAUCUGUCAACAAUCGUGACGAUGCAGUGAAUUUCGUUCGGGAAAAAACGAAAAAAUUAGCAAGUGAAUUGAAUCUAUCAUUGCCAUUGUGAGGCGCAUAAAUGUGUGCUGAUAGAAUAGUAAUAAAAAUUAUCAUUAUUAUUAUUAUUCUCAAUAAAGAUAAUGAAGAUUGUUAAGACAUUUCAAAGAACCCUCUGUGAUCAACAGGGAAAUUCACCCCGUCUGUUUGUUUUGAUUAUUAUGGUAUACACUGGAUUUGGGAAUUCUAUGUGAACUGAAAAAGGUGAUUAGUCAACACUGCAUUGAUCUCUUCUCUCACUUGGUCUCCUUCUCUCUGUUUGUGUCUCUCUGGUGUCUUUUACUUUCACAUUGUUUUUCAUUGUCGCCUGUAUUUUUGUUACUUUGCUUUCUAAUUUUGAAGAUAACGGACAAUUACACGUCCGAAUAUGGUAUUGCAUAUGCAUGCGAUAACCAACUCGUUAUUAUGAUGUAAAUUUUAUAUUGGAU